AUUUUCAUCGAUGCCGACAAAAUAAAAUUCGUGGUAAACAUUGGGAACCGAGGAGAUAACACAUUUAUUUAAGGAAGCCAUUUCAGUAGAAUUUAAAUAUUCUUCGUUCGACACAAUUAUUGUGAACAUGUUGAAAGUGGCCGCUUUGGUAAUAUUUGCCAGCGUUGUUGUGAGCGGAUGUAGGUACAAAGACUCGGAAUGCGCCGACUACGUAGUUGUUGAGCAACAUGCAGAUUAUGAAAUUCGUUCCUAUCCAGCGUUGACCUGGGUGAUGACAAGCGAAGAAUCUCGAGUACCAAGAAUUGCUAAAUUCAAAACAUUCAGAAGGCUUUUCAAUUAUAUCAGCGGCGAGAACGAUCAAGGUAUAAAGAUCAAUAUGACUGUGCCUGUCCGAAUGAGAUCUACAAAAACUGAUGGCAAAACCACACUUGAGAUGAGCUUUUUACUACCAUCGGUGGUUUCAUCAAGUCCUCCUGUUCCCAAUGAUAAAAGUCUCACUGUAUCUGCAGAAGAUCCCACUUUAUAUGCUGUUAGGACAUUCAAAGGAUACGUUUGGAGGGAGAAGACUUGGGCUGAAGAAGCUGCCAAACUGUCUGAAAGUUUGAGGAAUGACGAAACAGUAGAUAAAAGUUAUUACUAUCAAGUUGGAUACGACGCUCCUUUCGAAUUCUUUGAAAGGCGGAACGAAAUUUGGAUGGUGAAACCGAACGGGGAAAAUUUCUCUAAUGAAGUGCCUGACAAUAAAUAAGAACUUGUUUCAUAAGAUAUGAAGUUGU